AUGGCAACUGUAUGCUCAAACCAAGACACGUGUACGGAGGGAUUUGAGGAAGCAGGUGGAGCAGUAAAACAUCAGACGGCUCAGAUCAUUCAAGAGUUGUGGCAAAUAGUAAGCAACCACUUGGAUCUUUCAAGCAUGAUAAUAAACUGCGACGUCGUUUCAGGUAGAAGGUUAAUGGGCCUUGAGCCCACUAAUAUGGAUCACAAAAAUCUGGGUGACCCAAAAUGGAUAUCAAAAAAGGACAAGAAGUUGUUGGGCUCACAUCUAGCAAACAUUCAGCCCAAUGUAACAGUUUCUCAUCAUGGUAUUGGGCCUAAUGUUACUGUUAGGUCCAUUAAGGAGGCCAUUGAAAUGGCUCCCAAGAACAGUAGUAUUCCAUUCAUUAUUCAUGUUAAGGCAGGAAGGUAUCAAGAGGCGAACUUAACGGUGGGAAAAUCUAAAACCAAUCUAUGGUUUAUAGGGGCUGGUAAAGGCAAGACGAUUAUCACGGGAGUCACGGGUGCGGGUUUUGUGGCUCGUGGUAUAACCUUUGAGAGCACAGCAGGACCACAAAAUCACCAAGCUGUAGCACUCUUGGUAAAAUCCGAGCACUCGGUGUUUUACGAGUGUGAGAUGAAAGGGUAUCAAGACACCUUGUACAUACAUUCAAAUCGCCAAUUUUACCGAAACUGUGACAUAUACGGCACAAUAGACUUCAUAUUUGGAAAGGCACAAGCAGUGUUUCAAAAUUGCACCAUAUACACUCGUAAGCCUAUGGAACAACAAACGAAUACGAUAAUUGCCCAUAAACGACCGUGCUCUAACAUAUGUGCUGGGAUAUCCAUCCACGAAUGUCAAAUUCGUGCUGCCCCGGACUUGGAGCCUGUGAAAUCAAACUACACCACGUACUUGGGACGUCCUUGGAACGAAGGGGCAACUACGGUCUAUAUGUUAUCGUACAUAGGUGAUCAUAUUGAUCCACAAGGGUGGAUACCUUGGAAUUCAACAACUACACUAGAUGAUGUAUUUUAUGGUGAGUUUCAGAACUAUGGUCCAGGAGCUAAUAUUAGUCAGAGGGUGAUAUCACCUGGAGUACAUGCUAACAUGUCAGUUGUCGAGGCAGCGCGAUUCACUGUCGAUCGAUUUGUGGAUGGAUCGUCAUGGAUUGGGCAUACAAAAGUGCCAUUUGAGGCAGGAUUAGGGUAUUAG